GGGGCGCCCACGGAGGAGGCGGGGUCCUUCUCCGGGGUGGCGCGGGCAGCGGAUGCGGGAACCUUGGGUCCAGGCAUCAUGUAUUACAAGUUUAGCGGCUUCACGCAGAAAUUGGCUGGAGCCUGGGCUUCGGACGCGUACAGCCCGCAGGGGUUAAAGCCUGUUGUUUCCACAGAAGCACCGCCUAUCAUAUUCGCCACUCCGACUAAGCUGACCUCCAGUUCCAAUGUUUAUGAUUAUGGUGGGAAGAACAAAGUUCCAGAGCUGCAGAAGUUUUUCCAGAAAUCUGAUGGUGUGCCUAUCCACCUGAAAAGAGGCCUUCCUGACCAGAUGCUUUACCGGACCACCAUGGCGCUGACUGUGGGAGGCACCAUCUACUGCCUGAUUGCCCUCUACAUGGCUUCCCAGCCUAGAAACAAGUGAGCUGUACUGCAGAGAACUGGUUGGUUUUGGCAUAGACCCUUUGAAACUUCAGUUGUCAUUUU